AUAAAAAAAUCCGUGCAUUGCACAUUCGUACGGGUCCCUGCUGUUCAUCUAAAGCAAAUGAGCAUUGCACAUUCGUGUGGGUGAUGCUGAUACUUUUUUUUUUUCACUCCUAAAAAACCUUCGAUUCUCCUCACAGGAAACCCUAAUCCGACAGAAGCUUAUCUGAUACAACGGUUGCGGCAUUGCAGCUCUGGAGAAGCCAUUUCACUUGUACCAGAAGCUCAACAUAUCUCUAAUAAAGUAUUCCCGAGCAUCUGAUUAUUUGAAACUUUCUCCGAUUUUACUCGAAUCACAUUCUGCAAUCCCCAGAAACAUCCUUAUUUAAGCCGCAAGCAUUUCGCAGUUCUCUGUGCUUAUUCAACGCUUUCCCGUGUGGAAACUGUCACUAUACUUCCUCCGAAAUGAGUUCGGCGGCGUUCAGUUCGAUUUCUUUGGACAGAGGAUGCUUUUGGAAGGACGAAGUGAAGAUUUCGACAGUUAGAAAGUUAGAUGGACGGAGGUUUUGCAUUAAAGGUUCUGUGGCGUCAUCUCCACGGAGCCUGCAGUUUGCAAAGAAAAAGGCACAGAAAUCUGAAGAUAUUGUUCGCGUUGGCGUUCUUGGAGCAAGUGGGUAUACUGGUUCAGAGAUUGUUCGACUCAUUGCCAAUCAUCCAAACUUUGAUAUUACACUGAUGACUGCCGAUAGAAAAGCAGGGCAAUCAAUAGGAUCAGUAUUUCCUCAUUUGGUUACACAGAACCUGCCAGAUAUGGUUGCAAUCAAAGAUGCAGAUUUUUCUAAUGUAGAUGCUGUAUUUUGCUGUCUGCCACAUGGAACAACCCAGGAAAUCAUCAAGGGCCUUCCCAAGGAGCUGAAGAUUGUUGAUCUUUCUGCAGAUUUCCGGCUAAGAAAUAUUGAUGAGUAUGAGGAAUGGUAUGGUCAGCCUCAUAGGGCUCCAGAGUUGCAGAAAGAAGCAAUUUAUGGUUUGACAGAAGUUUUAAGAGAAGAAAUUCGGAAUGCACGUCUAGUUGCCAAUCCUGGUUGCUAUCCUACAUCCAUUCAACUUCCUCUUGUUCCUUUGAUCAAGGCUAAUCUUGUGAAACUGACAAAUAUUAUUAUUGACUCAAAAUCUGGUGUGAGUGGAGCAGGGCGUGGAGCUAAGGAGUCAAAUUUAUACACUGAAAUAGCUGAAGGCAUUAAUUCUUAUGGCAUCACAAAGCACCGUCAUGUUCCGGAAAUUGAGCAGGGACUUUCUGAUGUUUCAAAUUCAAAAGUAACAGUCAGCUUCACUCCUCAUCUAAUGCCUAUGAGUCGUGGAAUGCAAUCAACAAUAUAUGUUGAAAUGGCUCCAGGAGUUACAUAUGAGGAUCUGUACCACCAACUUAGGAUCUCCUAUGAGGAUGAGGAGUUUGUUGUCUUGUUGGAGAAAGGAGCAGUUCCUCACACUCGAAAUGUUCGAGGAUCUAACUAUUGCUUCAUGAAUGUUUUUCCGGAUCGAAUUCCUGGAAGAGCAAUAAUCAUAUCUGUUAUUGAUAAUUUAGUGAAGGGAGCUUCUGGUCAGGCCUUGCAGAAUCUUAAUCUGAUGAUGGGAUUUCCAGAGAACACCGGGCUUCUCUACCAGGCUCUGUUUCCUUAGCUAAUUCUCUUCUUGAAACAGAAUUAGACUGUACAUCACAAUUCUGAAAACUUCCUAAAGAAAAGAGGUUUCUGCUGUGAAGAAAUUCGGCAUUUUCCCCUUGAAAUUAUUUUGUAGAACUGGUCCAUGUACUCAUGCAACUGAUCAAGGAUAUUUUAGUCAUACCCAAAUAAGACGGAGGACAACUAUACAUGCCAAUAAGCUUUUCAACAGUUGCCUUCAUUGGUUGUAUUUUAAGAUAAUUUUCUUGUUUAUUCAACCAUCUGGACUUUAUGAUAUAAAAAUUUGAUCCGUCAGUCCUAGGCCACUUGUUCUGACGACUAUAA